AUGAGUUUGAGAGCCAGAUUUGUCUCAGAAAUAGGUUACAAUUUAGAGCAUUAUGAAUUACUUAAAUGGUAUAAAGAAAAAUGGGGCAAUCAAUUGUAUAUUUUAAAAGAGGACACAAUUGAAUCGUUUUUACCAUAUCUCAUAAAUUAUGAAACCAUACCAAGAGACGAGUUAAAUUUGCCCGAAUUAAAAAUCAAGACUGUAGAUAAACAGUAUUCUCAAUAUAGAUUUAAUUUGAAUUUAAAACUAAAUAUAAAACAUGAUGAGAAUGAACAAGAAGUUUUAUUGGAGAAUGGAGACCCAUACAAUUUGAUACCAAUUGCAAAGAGAAAUGCAAAAUUAAUAGCAGUUGGUGGACACAUUACGACAAUGAAAUGGUUACCUCAGAAAUUAGACGACGAACAAGAGCAUCCUGAUUUGAGUUAUUUGGCAAUUGGGGUAAUAACCGGAGAAGAUCCUGACUUCAAAGAUAUAAAUCCGACAAACUUAGAACUAAAUGUUUUCAAUAAUUAUUCAAAAACGAAAAACAUCAAUUCCUCGAUACAAAUUUGGGAAUAUAAUACAACUACAAAUGAGUUUAGCCUAUACAAGGUUUUGAUAACUUCGGAAUUCGGUGCAAUAUCCGAUUUAGACUGGGCUCAAUUAUACACAGAUGAUCCAACUAUUGGAAUAUUAAGUUGCGUUUUCAAGGAUGGUAAAGUGCAUUUAUUGAGAAUUGAAAAAGAUCUACCCAAAUAUAGUGUUCUUGAAAAUUCGUCACUAGUUUAUACGUCUGACUCGAAUGAAAAUAAAAGAUCCAAUUUAACUUGUUUUUCUUUCAACGGCACAAGAACCAUAUUAGCAGGAACAGCGGAUGGAUAUGUGUUGGAGUUUGAACUACCGUUUCAUUACAGACUGGAUGACAUAACUAAACCAAAUUAUAAAACAUUCGUGACGAAUGGUCCAAUCUCAAACAUGGUUUCUAUUAAAAUUCCGGAUCAAGAUAAUAAUUAUAUAAAUAUCAUAAAUGGUCAAGGAUACAAAGGAAAUGCUUAUACAACCCAGAAUCCUAUAUCGGAAGUCUUUGCUCCAGUGGUGGAAAGAUCAAGUAUCAAACCAACAUACAACAGCCUUUUGAGAGAUAUUUUCUUGUCUCAUAAUUUAGAGUAUAGUAAUAUUAUAAGCUUUAGGUCAUUACAAGAUGGGAUCACAAAUAUGUUUCAAUUGGACAGUUGGAUGACUUGUGCCAAAAUGUCGGAGAUAUUAAGUCAUCCAUUUUUACUAAUAGGUACAUCGAAUGGUGAAGUCAUUUUGAUUAAUUAUACCAGAAAGUUUUUCUCGAGCCGUAGUAGAAAUAAAUUUUUGAGUCCAUUGAUAAUGUGGAAAUUUACAUUAACGGUUAAUAAGGAAAAGAAGAAGUCUAUACAAUGUUUGAAUUUGAAUACCAAUUUUUUUAAGUCCGUGGUUGAAAAUAGUACACCCGCAUCUUUUAUGCCUAAAGAAGUCAUGAUAUCUUCAGUCGCAUGGAAUGAGAAUGUAAAAGGAUCAUCCAUUUAUGCUGCUGGUACAGCAUCUGGUGUCUUAAUUGUGGAAAGAUUAGAUCCGAAUUUCAGUUGA